ACACGCAUCUUAUCGGUUAUCGACAGCCGCUUUACAACUUUACGAGUGAUCUCUUUUGUUUGCUCGUGUGUACGUACAUACACACAUAGAUGGAAGACAAACCAAAACGCGAAACACGAAUGCGAAUAAGGAGCUCUCCGAUAUACAGGUUAUCUGUCACUUCUGUCAGUAUCAUCGCGCGGAAGAAAUAGCUCUUAUCAACAACGGCAUCCACGGCAUCAACGGCUCGGCAAUUCAUUGUAAAACAUUGUAAGAUAUGGUGGCAAAGAAAAGGAGGUUUAUACGCGUGGAGAAGGCCGGCCGCGGCCGGGCGGGAGGGGUCGAUAAGAGAAAUCGAGCCGGGCGUACUACGUGGAAUCGUGAAAGUGAAGGUAUGCUGCCGCUGCCGUUCCUACCCGCGGGAGAGGCCGAUCGUAUCCGAUGAAUACCUGUUACCUGAUAUUCGGUCCUUCCCUCGCUCUCGCUGGCUCGCUUCAUUCUCGCUCGCAUUCCCCGUUCGCGUUCGCGUUCGCGUUCGCAUUCGCAUCCGCGUCUUGACGUGACGUGACGUGACGUGGGCAAAUAUUGAAGGAUUUACAGAGAAUACGCGACGCGUGAUAAGAGAAUACAUUGUAUAUACCUUCACAAGUGUUUACAAGUGUCAAAAACAUAGAUUGUUGGCAAGUAUGGAGCGCAUAAGAGACAAGUUGAGCGAGUACCACCAGGAACAUCUGCUCAGAUUUUGGGAGGAGUUGAUGGAUGAGGAUAGGAAUCAGCUGGAAAAUGAUGUAGAUGAACUUGAUCUUAAGGAAAUAAUGGGAUAUUUUAAAAAGGCUAUAGAAUCUUCCCAGUGCAUUGUCCAGAAAACACUGGAUGACAAGAUACAGCCGAUUGAUGAGACUAAGAUAGCUUCUGUCAAGACAUCCACUGAGGAAGAGUUGAACAUGUAUAAGGAACGUGGUUUGAAAGAAGUAGCCGAAGGUUGCGUCGCUGUGUUAUUGUUGGCAGGUGGUCAAGGCACGCGUCUAGGAGUUACCUAUCCUAAGGGAAUGUACGACGUUGCAUUGCCAUCGCAUAAAACUCUCUUCCAAUUGCAGGCAGAAAGAAUACUCUGUCUGCAAAAUAUGGCGCAGCAACAGUUUGGAAAACAUGGAGAAAUAACUUGGUAUAUCCUUACUAGCGAAGCCACUCACAAUGCAACUGUCGAAUAUCUAAGAAAAUGCAACUAUUUUGGUUUAAUAGAGAAAAAUGUCAAAGCCUUCAAACAGGGCAUGCUACCAUGUUUUACCUUUGAUGGAAAGAUUAUCUUGGAUGAAAAGCAUCGUGUUUCCAAGGCUCCCGAUGGUAAUGGAGGAUUGUAUCGUGCUUUGAAAAGUCAAGGAAUAUUAAACGAUAUGAUACAACGUGGUAUCCGAAGUGUUCACGCACAUAAUGUAGACAACAUCUUGGUGAAAGUAGCAGAUCCUAUAUUCAUUGGAUACUGCUUGAUAUCUGAAACCGACUGCGGAGUUAAAGUGAUUGAAAAGUCUUCUCCUUCUGAAGCUGUUGGUGUAGUUUGCAAGGUAGAGGAUCACUAUCAAGUUGUUGAAUACAGCGAAAUAACAAAGGAAACUGCAGAGCUUCGACAUGCCGAUGGACAAUUGAUAUACAAUGCUGCUAAUAUAUGCAAUCACUACUUUACGGUCGACUUUUUAAAGGACGUUGCAUAUUUUUACGAGAAAGAUUUGCAUCUACACAUGGCGAAAAAGAAAAUUCCGUAUGUUAAUGACAAUGGCGAAAGAGUCAUUCCAAAAGUUCCUAACGGCAUUAAGAUAGAGAAGUUUGUGUUUGACGUGUUUCCUUUCGCAAAGAAUUUGGCAGUAUGGCAAGGAACGCGUGAGGAGGAAUUCAGCCCGGUGAAAAAUUCAAAUUCCGCUGAUCAAGAUUGCCCGAACACCGCCCGCACCGAUUUGCUCAAUUUACAUAAAAAGUGGCUGCUGAACGCAGGUGCAAAACAUGUCGGAGAAAAUGUCGAGAUUUCUCCUUUGCUUUCGUACGCGGGAGAAAAUUUGUGUCAAGUCGUAAAUAACCAAUCUUUCGUGGUGGGACCACAAGUUCUCGAAUAAUAAAGAAAAAUAAUAAAGAGAAAAUUUCCAUUCAUCUAACAACGAGAUAUUCCGACAAGUGACAUUUACGAGGCGUUUCCGAAUAAUGAAGAUUAAGCAUACAUUUUUUUAAUAUCGUAUCGUAAAUGUAUUUUGUAAUAAUCGUAUUAUUUUAUAUACUACAUCCGAUUUUUGGUAUUUACAUUUGUGCUUGCCUUUAUUUCCCGGGAUUAUUGACAGGGAUUAGAACAGGCUAGAUUAGAUAAAAAGAAAAGAAAAAAAAAUCGUGUAAAUACUGUCGAUGAUUAUAUAUAUAUAUAAAAUUAUAAUUACAUAUAUAUGAUUUAUAUAUAUAUAUAUAAUUUAGCUAUAUAAAUUCAAAUGUAAUUUUGCUAUAAUCUGGCAAUAUUAUUGUUUAGCAUUUAAGUGUUGUGGCCAUCACAUUUUUAUAUACUGUUAUAUGUAUGAUAUAUACAUGAAAGAAAAAGUAAUAAAUAAUACAAACGUUUCUAAUUAUCUAUAGUAAA